GUUCUCGGAGUGUGUGUUUUCGGUGUUUUCUGCAGUCCACUCAUUACUUAAGAUUUUGACAAAAACAGAAAGCAUAUUCCGAGAUGAGCACUAUCAAAUACAUUGGUCGAACAAACGACUUCAAAGGCAAAACGUUGUGGGAAAUACUGGGAAAUUUGAAAAACCAUGGAGUUGGAAGGACUGUCAUCCGACAAAUGUUUCAAAGAUAUCCAGAACCCUCAUACAUGAAAAUCGUCAAAGUUGAGGCUAUGCCGAAUCCAACAGAGGGUGAUCGUAAAGUGAAGGUAUGGGUGGAAAAAACGUUUCGCGGACGAACCCUGCCAAAUUUGGUGGAAAUAUACGGCACAUCGUACAAAACCGACUACCAGUUGAUACCGAAAAGCGAAGUAGCUAAUGUGUGUCGACCGUGUAACGCGCCAGAAAUUAAAAUUCUACCACAACACAUCGAAUUUCCGCCACUAUUCCGAGAGUUUAUCACGAAAGAAACCGGUCAACAGAAUCCUCAACUGAAACUGAAAGUGAAUAAGUCCAGCAAUAAAUUAGUUCGAGUGGCCAAAGAAGGUGAAACACCAACUAUGGAAGUAACAAUGAGUCUUGGGAAACCGGCCGGCCCGACUUUGUACAAGCAUCUCUAACUGAGCGUUUGUUGUCAUUAUGUAGAUAGUCGGAUAUUAUUAGAUGGAUUGAGCGCAUUUAGAGAUUAAAUACAAUCAAAUGAAAA